ACCGGACUGAAAAUAAUUCGAAUUUAAAUUCGUUACCAUGGAUAUGGGUUAUUUUUCAGUAGGCUUGUUUAGUAAACAAGUUUUUCUUUUUUUUUGCUUCUUUUCGCGUGAACUGAAACACUUUCUUUUACUUUUUAAGCGGUUUUAUUUAUUUUUGUUUGUUUUCUAAUACAAAAUGGGUACUGAUUUUCGGCGGGAAUGGAUCAAAAAUACGGUGACAAAAUUUUUGGGACUGAAUUCGGGGCAGUACUUCGAGGACAUGGUGGCCAAUACAGACGAGCUGGACUACGGGCUAUCGUCGUACCUCGAGGACGAUGUUUUGGAUCAGGAAUUGUCGCCCGACAACAAGAGGUUCUUUUUCGUGCACAGGACCUCUUACGAAAAGCUGGUCGAAAAGGAAAUUAUUGUCCCUGAAAUCGUCAAGAAAGAACCAGUAGUAGAGGAAGUUGUUGAAGUUGAAGAGAAGCAAAAGAAGAAAAAAGGCGGCAAAGGGCAACAGAAAAAAGGUACCAAGAAGGGGAAGAAGACUCCCCCUACUUCACCUGCCCCUGAAGACAGUCCAAAAGGGACAGAAGACGUGACGGAACCUGCCUCGGAACGCCAGGAAGAUACUCCACACGAUCAGGAGCAACCGGGGAGUACCCAAGAGGCACAGCCCGAAGCCGUACCUCAUGAAGUACCUCCUGGGAACCCCGAAUCGGUCUCGGAGUCGCCCAUGACCGAAACCGAAGCCUCUACGUUGCCUUCGGCCGAAGUCACCGACGUCGAAGUCUCUGACGUUGAGGACGAUGGCAAAACGAAGAAGAAGAAGAAAGGAAAGAAGGAGAAAGGCAAGGGUGGGAAGAAAAAAGGCAAGAAGCAUGAAGUUGAAGAAGAAUUACCACCGGAGGAGGAACCAGAAGAAAUCAUUUAUGUGCCUAAAAUAAUUCAAGAACUGGUAGUGGACUACACGAUGAACGGGAGCUUCGGCUCCAUAGCCGAGGAAGCCAGGAACCAGCGAUUGGUCUACCUGUUUCGGAAGACCGAGGUGGGAAUCCCCAAUUUCGACAGCAUGGAGGACGCCAACAUCGAAAUGCCCUCCUACUUUAUUGUGGGAGUCCUCGGCGAGAACGUCAUCCAGAAUCUGUCGUUCGUCACCAGAGAGCUGAUGGUGCCUCUGGUUCAGUACACUUUUGCUGAUCCGAAGAAGAAGUUGUCGGACGCGGACGUGAACAGGAAGACGUCGGUUCGGCAGGAGAAAACCAAGAGGUUGACUAUACUGUCGAGCAGCGCGUUGAGCAGCACGGCCGACUUUGAUGCGCUGACCCAGAGGGAGGAGGAGGGUGCCUCCAAGAUGCCCAUCAAGGACGAAUUGCUCGGGGAAUUGGUCGGCUUCACGUCCAACGUACAGUGGGUGUGCGAACAUAUAGAAGACGAUAUAGAUCUGCCCAUGGCGGACGUGUCGGACAUUUUGAAGUCCGAUCGCAAAGACGAGGAACUGGUUCAAGACGAAGAAGUGAUCCAGAAAUUUGAGGAGGUUGUCAUGGGCUGGGAGAGGCACAUUAUCAAAAUCAUAGAGAGCUAUCUGGCCAAAGUUCCUAUAGGAAACGGGCCUUUGCCAGAGUUCGACUACUGGCACGAACGAGAAGCGGCCUUCAGUUCCAUCGUGGAACAACUGAAGAAACCCUCCCUGGUCAGGAUCACGGAUAUCCUGGAAAAGGCCAAGUCCCUUGUGGUGGAGGCCUUUAUCCACUACCAGAACGAACUAAGGAGGUACUAUGCCGAAGCUAGGGACAACGUGCAGUUCCUCUUCACCAUCAGAAGACAUUUAAAGCUGGUGUCGAACAGUAACGACUUUGAAAAGGUCAAGUACUGCAUCCCGGACCUGAUGGAAGGUCUACACUUGAUUUGGGUACUGUCGAGGUACUACAACACUGACGAGGUGAUGGUGCCGUUUAUGGAGAGGAUCGUGUGGUGUCUGUUGUCGAAAGUGCGCGGCGUUUUGGACAGCAACUAUAUUUUUAGGAAACCGUUAAACGACCUUAAGAGGAUCACUAAGAGCGCUGCCGAGAUGUUGGACACCUGGAAGUCGUCCUAUAUGGCUACCAGACAGAAAAUCGAGGACUCUGAGAAGGGCCAGAGGUGGGAGUUUGACAAGAAUAAGCUUUUUGCAGCUUCAGAUUACAUGGCUAAAGUGUGCAGGGACAUCUACCAAUUUGCCACGACUGUCGGGCAUUUCAAAAACACGUUCGGUCCUGAACUGAGGUCGAUCGUUAGCGAUCCCCAGGCCAUUGACAACGUGGCGAAACGCGUUGACAAACUGGUCCUAAACAUUGAAAACAUCGACUUUGACAUUUUCGAUUCGAACUGCAAGGAGAAUUGGGACGCUGUCUUGGCCAAUUGCGACAAGGAAGUGCGAAAACUGGACUUGGAGGGCGCCAAUUUCAUCGAUCAGACUUUUAAGAUGAUUAGGUCUUCCGAAAGCGCCCUGGACAUGAUGCUCAAGUUCAAACACUUGGAAACACGGCAAACCAUACAGAACAAGUUGAUGCAGAAGUUUGACGUGAUUUUGGACCAGUAUAUCAGAGAAGUUUUGGCGGUGGAUGAUACCUUUACCAGAAACAAGAGGCAUCCAAUCCUGAACAAGGACAACCAGAUGCACGGUGGCGCCAUCUACUGGGUGCGCCUGUUGUUUUACAAGCUGAAGAGGCCGAUUUUGAAGUUUUUGCCCGUUACGGAGUUGAUGGACUCGCCUUUGAGGGAGGAGUCUUUUGGUGCUUAUCUGAAACUUGCCAAGGAAUUGAGGGCCUAUGAAGAAGCUAAAUUGGAGGAGUGGAUGGAGGCUUACGCGCAGAUGUCUGAGAAGGUGAUGCAGAUGGAGAUAUUGAAGCUGUCUGAUUUGUCCAGGAAGAAGUACUUCAAGCCGAUCAGGGGAUCUGGACCCAAUCCGGCGGAAUCCCAAACCAAGAGUACCCAGUCGGCUUUGUCUACUCCUACUCCUGGCAGAGGAGUCGGUACAAAAUCUGGAAAAAUACCAAUAAGAGCUUCAGUGUCGAGUUAUUCCGUCCAAACACUCACCGAGAAGAUCCACACUCAAAAAAACCUGACUUGGCACGAAAUAAUGGGACCCAACAUCAUGUCGGACUUUGGACUGAAGUUCGAACUCAACUUUGACGACUCCCUGUGGAAGUUCUUCAAGAGCGUCGAAAUGUUUGAACUUUUGAAGUUCACCCUACCCGAAAGCAUCCGCUUGGUGGCCAUGCGCAAGGAAAAAGUCCAAAAAGACGUUAAUGCCGUCAUAAAAAUGCUCAAGAUGUACAACGACAUCGUGGAUAGACUGACACCUCCGCAGACAACUUUUUUGAAAGAAAAACUACAAGAAGUCGAACUUUACAUCCAACAAGGCCUUUCCAGAAUCAAAUGGUCCUCUUUGAGCAUCCAGGACUAUACGGUAGAUUGCAUCAACAUGAUCACGGCCUUGAAAACCUUAUACGAGCAUAUCGGCCACAUUGAGACAGACAUACACAAAAGGAUCAAACAGUUGGCCACGGCAAACUUGUUUGACUUUAUACCGGUUAAAGUUUGCGACACUAGAUUGCCUUGCAAGGAAUUCUUUGCUGAGAUCAACACUAGACGCGCCGAAAACUUGACCAACAUGGUGAAAGUUUAUCGAUCGAUUGGCCCGAUUUUGAUCAAGCUCGAGAUGAUUGUGUUGAACACCAACACAGGAAAAUCGCCACAAAUGAGACACUAUUACGAAUAUUGGGAGGUGGAGAUCUACAAAGCCCUCAUAAGCAUGACCAUAAACAACUUGGAGACGUUUGCCAGCAAGAUUGAAAGCAAAGAACUUCUGUUUCAAGUGGACGCCUUGGUGAUAACUCCGGAAGUCGUGUUGAGACCCACAGCGACAGAAAUCUUCAACAUAGUCGUGAAAACCGUCGGCGAAUUCGUGGAGAGACUGCACGCAUUCCCACGCUGGAUGCUCGAGACUUGUUUGCUGUGCCACCCCGUGCAGUACGGCGCGAAAGAAGAGUACCUCUACUCGUUUUUCGACGACGUUAUCAAGGUACCCGACAUCAACGAUGCCGUGCAAAAGUUGCAAGAAAGCGCCCACAAAACUAUCACCACCGUGCACAAGUACCUGCAAAGAUGGAAGCGCUACAAGAUGCUGUGGACGUUCGAUAAAGAAACCACCUGCGAGAAAUUUAUGGCGACCUGCAUCAAACUGGAAACCUACGACGAAAAAUUCAUGUUUUACAAGGAAAUCGCCGAAAAUAUGAUCAAAUAUCGGGACUAUGUCGAUUUAGGGAGUGUGAGGGUUAAUCUUAGACCCCUCCUGAACUUUAUAGCUCAACACUGUCGCGAGUGGAAGGAUACCUUGGGCCAGCUCCUCGACGCCAGCACCUACCAGCAGAUGUUGAGGAUGAAGGAAGACAUCGAAGACCUCCGCGCCACUGUCAAACUCAAUAUAAAGGGUCUGGACCGGUUCAAAGCCAUCAUGGUGGCGAUCGCUAUGAUCCGCAAGCGAAAUAUCCAAGCUGAGCUGGAUUUCAAACGGUUUCAGGAGGUAUACUCCAUGUUGAAGCAGCACGAGAUCGAGUACGACCCCGAACACCAAGCCCUGGCCUUUCGGCUGGAAAAAGACUGGAAAUCUCUGUUACUUUCCGGAUUGUAUCGGGAACAGACGCUGGAGGGAACCAAGGAGCGUUUUGCCGGACUCACCCUCAAGGAAAUCGGCGAUUUUAUGGAAGUGUUACGUCAGUUCCUGGAAAGAUUUGAUAAAGAGGGUCCUGGAGCCGUCGGAGAAGACCUGGAUACCGGUUUGAAGCUGAUGGAGGAAUAUAGAAUCGAGUUUGAACAAUUGGAAAUUCGAAGAAGCGACUUGAUGACCGCCGAGAUGCUUUUUGACAUUCCCCUAGCGGACUAUUCGGACUAUAUCAAGGCGAAAACCGAUUUCGAUGGAAUGGACGUGCUCUACAAAGUCUACAGAGCUCAGAAACAUGCUAGGGAACUCUGGGGAAAAACGCUGUGGGCUAAUCUGAACCCCCAAGCCUUGCUAGACGGAAUCGACGGGUUCUUGAAGGAAUUCCGAAAAAUCUCUAAGGAAAUUAGAUCGAUGCCUGUCGGUUUAACCUUAGAAUUGAAGAUGAAACAGUUUAGAAACUCUGUCCCCCUCAUGGUGGCGUUGAAAAACGAAGCUCUGAGAGAACGACAUUGGAAACAGCUCAUGGAGAAGACAGGGAUAGUUUUUGACAUGUCGCCAGAUCGUUUUACGCUGGAUAACAUGUUUGCCAUGGAGCUUCAUCGAUUCCAGGAGAUUGCCGAAGGCAUCAUCAACAAUGCGAUCAAGGAAUUAGCCAUAGAGCGAGGUGUUUGGGAGAUAUCGGAAAUCUGGAAGACCAUAUCGUUUAUCGUGGUGAAACAUAUGAAGGGUAACGAGGAUAGGGGACAUAUAAUCGGACCCACUGAAGAUAUCAUGCAAAUUCUAGAAGAUAAUUCCAUGAAUCUGCAAAGUAUGGCCGGUUCCCAAUUUGUUGGACCUUUUCUUGCGCAGGUACAGAAAUGGGAGAAGACUCUAGCUCUGAUUGGUGAAGUGAUUGACGAAUGGUUAUCCGUCCAGCGGAAAUGGUUGUACCUGGAGGGUAUAUUCGUUGGUGGUGACAUCAGAGCUCAACUCCCCGACGAAGCCAAGAAGUUUGACGACAUCGACAAGGCUUUUAAGAAGGUUAUGCUGGAAACCGUGAAGAAACCCAUCGUUUUGGACGUUUGCACGUUUCCAGGACGCUUGGACGAGUUCAAAAAUCUCGGAGCAGGUCUGGACCGGUGCCAAAAAUCUCUCAAUGACUAUCUGGAUUCGAAAAGACGGCGUUUUCCGAGAUUUUACUUCAUUUCCACCGAAGAAUUGCUCUCUAUCCUCGGCAGCAGCGACCAUAACGUCGUCCAAGAGCACAUGAUCAAAAUGUUUGAUAAUAUCAAGUCUCUAAGGUUCACUACGGACAGCAACGACCGUGUGAUAGCCUCUGCGAUGAUUUCCGGUGAAGGUGAAGUGAUGGAAUUCAGAAACGUAGUGAUCAUCGACGGUAAAGUCGAAGACUGGAUGAACGACAUCUUAAAUGAGAUGCGUAGAUCGAACAGGUUUAUAACAAAGAGCGCUAUAUAUUACUAUGGUAAAGUUAGACGACCUCGAACUCAGUGGAUGUUGGACUACCAAGGAAUGGUUUGCUUGGCGGGCAGCCAAGUGUGGUGGACGGCGGAGGUUGAAAACGUAUUCAACAAAAUCAAGAAGGGAAACAAAAGAGCCAUGAAGGAAUACUUGAACCAACUGAACGGGCAACUGGAUGAGAUUGUAAUCACAGUACGAGCAGAUUUGACAGCGAACGACAGAACCAAAUUCCGAACAAUUGCGAUCAUAGAAGUCCACGCGAGGGAUAUAGUAGAGAACUUUGUGAGGGACAGCGUAAUGGACGCUCACGAGUUCGAGUGGGAAAGUCAACUAAGAUUUUACUGGGUGAAUCAUUUAGAUAAUCUCUGGGUGACGCAGUGUACCGGUUCGUUUGAGUAUGGAUAUGAAUACAUGGGACUGAACGGUCGUUUAGUUAUAACUCCCUUGACUGACCGAAUCUACUUGACCAUCACCCAAGCUCUGAUCAUGCAUAUGGGAGGCGCUCCUGCCGGACCUGCCGGUACAGGCAAAACCGAAACAACCAAAGACCUGGCUAAAGCUAUGGCUCUGUUGUGCAUUGUGACAAAUUGCGGGGAAGGCAUGGAUUACAAAGCUAUCGGCAUGACAUUGGCCGGUCUAGCACAGUGCGGCGCUUGGGGUUGCUUUGAUGAGUUCAACCGCAUCGACAUAUCAGUUUUAUCGGUUAUUUCAACUCAGUUACAAACGAUCAGGUCAGCCCUGAUGAUGAAACUGGAACGAUUCACCUUUGAAGGAGUCGAAAUCAACCUAGAUUCGAAAGUAGGGAUCUUUAUCACUAUGAACCCCGGUUACGCUGGCAGGACUGAACUACCUGAAUCGGUAAAAGCUUUAUUUAGACCUGUGGUGUGUAUUGUGCCGGACUUGGAGAUGAUCUGCCUGAUUUCGUUGUUCUCUGACGGUUUCUUGGAGGCUAAAGUUUUGGCUAAGAAAAUGACUGUGUUGUACAAGCUGGCAAUGGAACAGCUUUCCAAACAAUCGCACUAUGACUGGGGCUUGAGAGCUUUAAACGCUGUACUCAGAAUGGCCGGGGUGCUUAAACGAGCUUCCCCAGACAUUAAAGAAGCUCUGGUUCUUAUGCGAGCUCUCAGAGAUAUGAACCACCCCAAAUUUGUGUACGAGGAUGUACCGUUAUUUUUGGGACUGAUUAGAGACUUGUUCCCAGGGAUGGACUGUCCCAGAGUCGGGUAUCCAGACUUUAAUGCAGCUGUAGAAGAAGCCUUGGAGAAAAAUAGGUACAUUGUGCUGCCUUAUCAGGUGGAUAAAGUGGUUCAAUUAUACGAAACAAUGAUGACCAGGCAUUCCACCAUGGUCGUAGGGCCUACAGGAGGUGGAAAGACUGUAGUUAUAAACGCUCUAGCCAGAGCUCAGACCAUUUUAGGGUUGCCUACGAAAAUAUACACUCUAAACCCCAAGGCUUGCUCGGUAAUUGAGCUAUACGGGAUCCUGGACCCGUUGACUAGAGACUGGACCGAUGGAUUACUGUCAAACAUCUUCAGAGACAUGAACAGGCCCACAGAAAAACAGGAAAGGCGUUACAUAUUGUUUGACGGCGAUGUGGAUGCUCUAUGGAUCGAAAACAUGAACUCUGUCAUGGACGACAAUAAACUAUUGACUCUAGCCAACGGAGAAAGGAUCAGACUUCAGGUUCCCGUAUGCGCGUUGCUUUUUGAAGUUGGGGACUUGCAGUAUGCUUCUCCGGCUACCGUAUCUAGGGCUGGUAUGGUCUAUGUCGAUCCAAAAAAUCUCGGUUACCAACCCUAUUGGGAUCGAUGGGUGAAUACCCGGAAACAUCCGCCUGAAAGAGAAGCUUUCGGCGAUUACUAUAACGUGAUAGUACCGGAUUUGAUGGCCUACGUUAUGGAAGGAACGUUAGGGAAUAGACAGGUGACGCCUUUGAAGACUGUGAUUCUUCAAACGGGCUUGAACAUGAUCACGCAACUGGGAUGUAUGAUCGACGCUAUCUAUCCUCAACCUGAGGAAGAUACUAGAGAUCCCGAAGAAUCAGCUGACUUGGAUCUUAUUAAAGCUGUCUUUGUUACCGCUAUAUAUAAUUCUAUUGGUGCUGCUUUGGUUGAUUCUUGUCGCUGGGAAUUUGACGACUACAUGAAGAAUCAAAUGGGACUUCUACAAGUUGCCGAUACUAUCGAAGAGAUGUGUGACCUAAGUCAUACACCCAGUACGUUUCCCCUGCUCUACGAUUACUUUUUGGAUAUAAAACAGAGAGUUUGGGUGGCUUGGGAGUGGUUGGUACCGGGAUACGUCCACGAAAGGAACCAGAAGUUCUCUCAAAUCUUGGUACCGACAAUCGAUACAGUCCGCGUGACUUACAUCCUGGAAUUGAUGAACAAAAUCAAAAGACCGGUGGUUUUGGUGGGUGAAACUGGAACUUCCAAGACUGCGAUCAUACAAAAUUUUCUGAGACACUUGGACCACGAUGUUUUUAUAAUAUUGAACAUUAAUUUCUCGUCGAGAACUUCUUCCAUGGACGUUCAAAGGAAUUUGGAAUCGUCUGUUGAGAAAAGAACCAAGGAAAUUUACGGUCCACCUAUGGGAAAGAAGUUGAUAUGCUUUAUAGACGACAUGAACAUGCCUCAAGUUGAUGAUUACGGUACUCAGCAACCUAUAGCUUUGCUGAAACUGUUAUUUGAACGUGGUGGUAUGUACGAUCGUGGAAAAGAUUUGAACUGGAAGUUUUUGAGGGACAUUUCGUAUUUUGCCGCGAUGGGCGUGGCUGGAGGAGGCAGAAACGAAGUAGACCCCCGAUUUAUCUCGAUGUUUACCGUCAUGAACCUGGUAUUCCCCAAUACUUCAACCUUGCAUCACAUAUACUCCUCAAUUCUGGCAGGGCACUUAUCUAUUUUCAAUGAGGAACUUCAGGUAGCUCCAAUUUUGAUGACCAUGACGUUAAAUCUGUACAACAGCUUGAUCGUUCAACUACCUCCCACACCGAGCAAGUUUCAUUACAUCUUCAACAUGCGUGAUUUAUCCAGAGUGACUGCGGGAUUAUUGCAGAUAACUAUCAAAUUCUUUACCGCUCUUCAUCAGCUGAUUAGGGUUUGGAGAAACGAGUUCAUGAGGGUGUUUUGUGACCGCUUGAUCAAUACGGAAGAUCAAAAGUUUGUCAAAGGGGAGCUGAUAGAGCAAAUAAAAAAAUACUUUCCUAAAAAAGAAAAGCCUCAAAUAGUCCAGCCGGAUGUAGACGACGAUGAUUUUGUUUUUGUCGAACAGCCUCCAGAAGAAGAAGUAGAGGAAGAAUCAGUUGACAUUUUGGAGUACGCCAUGAGAGAUCCCAUUCUGUUUGGAGACUACCGUAACGCUACAAACGAAGGAGAACCUCGAGCCUACGAAGACCUACUAGACUAUGACGCUAUAUACUUCCUGUUCCAGGAAAUCAUCGAACUGUACAACGAGAAAAGGGAAAAACUCAGCAUCGUACUGUUCAAUGACGCUCUAGAACACUUGACCCGAGUUCACAGAGGUUUGCGAUUGGAAAGAGGCCACGUUAUGUUGGUGGGUGUGGGAGGUAGCGGUAAAAGUAGCCUCACAAAACUGGCUGCCUUCACUGCCGAUUGUGAAGUGUUCUCUAUCACUUUGUGCCGAGGCUACAACGAGACUAUGUUCAAAGAAGACUUGAAGAAACUCUAUAACCAGCUGGGUAUCGAGAAAAAAACUACAGUGUUCUAUUUCACUGCUGCCCAAAUUGUCGAAGAGGGUUUUCUGGAGUUUAUCAACAAUAUUCUUAUGAUUGGAUACGUCCCUUCAUUGUUCACUGAUGAUGACAAAGAACAAAUUAUCGGUACAUGCAGACCUGCUGCAUCAGCUGCUGGAUACGGUGCUGGAAAAGAUAGCGUCUGGCAGUAUUUCAUUAACCAGUGCAUCAAUAAUUUACAUGUAGUGCUGUCUAUGUCACCUACCAGCGACGUUCUUAGUAAACGAUGCAGGAAUUUUCCGGGAUUGGUUAAUAACAGUACCAUCGAUUGGUUGUUUCCGUGGCCUUUACAAGCUUUGUUUGCCGUAGCUUCAGUUUUCCUCAAAGAAAACCCGAAGAUUCCUGAAGAAUACCGCGAUACGAUUAUAGAGCACGUAGUCCACGUUCAUCAGUCUCUCAGCGAUUUCACCGAAAGAUUUCUUCUAGUUUUGCGCCGAAAGAACUACGUUACCCCUAAACAUUACCUCGAUUUUAUAAUGAGUUAUUUGAAGCUGUUGGAAGAAAAGGGAAACUACAUUAACGCUCAAUGUGACAGAUUAAAGAGCGGACUCACCAAAAUCGAAGAGGCCAGCGGUGAAUUGGCUAUUUUAAAUGCCAAGCUAGAGAAGCAGAAAAUUGUUGUCGGUAAGGCUACAGCUGAAUGUGAGGAAAUGCUUGCUGAAAUCGAGGCGGGAACUAAGAUAGCUACCGAGAAAAAGGACGUGGCUUCGUUUAAAAGUACUGAAAUCGAAGAACAAGCUAGAAUAAUUAGUAUUGAACAGGCCGACGCAGAGGAAGCUCUGGCUUCAGCUUUACCAGCCUUAGAAAGAGCUCGACUAGCCCUUUCAGACCUCGAUAAAUCGGAUAUCACUGAAAUCCGCUCGUUUGCCACUCCUCCAGAAGCUGUCCAGGUCGUUUGCGAAUGCGUCGUUAUUCUAAGAGGCUACAAGGAAGUUUCCUGGAAAUCUGCCAAAGGUAUGAUGGCAGAAGCGAAUUUUCUGAGAAAUCUACAAGAAAUGAACUGCGAUGCGAUCACUCAGGCGCAGCAGAAAGCUUGUAAAGCUCACAUGAAGAAAUCCUCGAAGCUCGAAGAAAUGGCCAGUAUCAGCAAAGCCGGGUACGGAUUGCUGAAGUUCGUGCAAGCCGUCUUGGGUUACUGUGCAGUCUAUCGUGAAGUCAAGCCAAAGAAAGAGAGGGUAGAGCAGUUGCAGGCUGACUAUAACGCUGCUAAACGUAAUCUAGAAAAACUGUAUUCAGAAAUUGCGAAAUUAGAGGCUGAUUUGGAUAAACUGAACCAGAAAUACGCGGAUGCCAUGAAACGACGCCAGGAGCUUCAGGAAGAGACCGAUAUAAUGAUGAGGCGCUUGGAAGCUGCCGACAAGCUUAUUUCUGGGUUGAGUUCUGAAAAGAACCGUUGGACUGAAGAUUUGAAUCAGCUCCACCUCGAAAAGGAACGAUUGAUAGGGAACUGUCUUCUUUGUUCCGGGUUUCUGGCAUAUUGUGGUCCUUUUACCUUUGAAUUCAGGAGAGAUAUGGUUUACCGUGACUGGUUACAGGAUCUUGAGGACAGGAAAAUUCCUCUAACCCUACCGUUUAGGCUGGAAAGAAACCUAACCACUGAUGUUCAAGUGAGUCAGUGGGUUUCUGAGUCACUUCCUCCCGACGAACUGUCUAUACAAAACGGGAUUUUGACUAUGAGAGGUUCCAGAUUCCCGCUGUGCAUCGAUCCCCAGCAGCAAGCUUUGAACUGGGUUAGAAAGCGGGAAGAGAAGAACAACAUGAAGGUUUUGAGUUUUAACGAUUCAGAUUUCUUGAAGCACUUGGAUAUGUCGAUUAAGUACGGUGCUCCGGUUUUGUUUCAGGAUGUUGAUGAUUAUAUCGAUCCUGUAGUCGAAAACGUAAUUCAAAAGAACCUCAAAACUGUCGCGGGAAGGGUUUUUGUGAUUUUGGGCGACAAGGAGGUUGAUUGGGAUCCGAACUUUAGACUCUACAUGACGACCAAGUUCUCAAACCCUUUGUUCAAUCCAUCAGUGUAUGCUUCUGCAAUAGUAAUAAACUAUGCCGUAACACUGUCUGGCUUAGAAGACCAACUGCUCAGCGUGGUGGUGAGAAACGAGCGUUCAGACCUAGAAGAACAGAGGGAAACCUUGAUAGCUGAGACCUUUGUAAAUAAAAACUUGUUGCAAGACUUGGAGGACUCCCUUCUGCGUGAGCUCUCUACAACCACAGGCAAUAUGCUUGAUAACGUGGAAUUAGUAACUACCUUGGAAAAUACCAAAAGCAAAGCUACAGAAGUGAUGGAGAAACUGGAACUUGCCGCACAAACCUCGAAAGAUAUCGAUAAACUCAGAGAUGUGUACAGGCCAGUUGCUAAGAGAGGCGCAAUAUUGUUUUUUGUGCUGUCUGACAUGGCUGGAGUUAAUGCAAUGUACCAGUACUCUUUGGCGUCAUAUUUGGAGGUCUUUGCUUACUCCCUGAGGAAAGCCCUGCCUCAUACCAUCCUAGAUAGACGUCUGUACAACAUAAUAACGACUUUGACACAGAAUGUGUACGAUUAUGGAUGCACGGGGAUCUUUGAGAAGCACAAGUUGUUGUUUUCGUUUCAAAUGACUGUAAAACUGGAACAAAACGCUGGAAUUGUUUCUCAAGCGGAAUUAGAUUUUUUUAUAAAGGGAAAUGUAAGUUUGGAGAAGUCAACAAGAGAAUGCCCGGCUACAUGGCUAGCUUCACAAAACUGGGAGAACAUUUUAAAGCUCUCUACAGAUUUUCCGUUGUUAUUUGAGAAGCUACCCGACCAACUUGAGAAGAACGUUGAAAUUUGGGCUGAAUGGUACGACCUGGACACGCCAGAGACGGUAGAGUUUCCGUUUGGUUACAAGCAAAGCUUGAAACCGUUUCAGAGGCUGUUGUUGCUGAGAUGUUUCAGGAUCGACAGGGUUUACAGGGCCGUUGGUGAUUAUAUCACGGAAAUAAUGGGCGAAGAGUAUAUUAUGCCGCCUGUGGUGAGCAUGGAGAAUAUCUAUGAGCAGUGCUCACCGACUACUCCGGUGGUGUUCAUUUUAAGCCCUGGAUCUGAUCCCACUGCUGAAUUGAUGAAGUUAGCUGACAGGUCUGGAUUUGGUGGAGGUAAAUUCCGAUACCUUUCUCUAGGUCAGGGCCAGGAAACCAGCGCUCUUCAACUACUGGACACCGCCAUAUCCAGAGGUCAGUGGUUGAUGUACCAGAACUGUCACCUGCUCAUACCUUUUGUCAAACGCUUGGAAAAACAUAUCGAGAAAAUCAGCAAACCUCAUCCAGAUUUUCGCCUCUGGCUUACCACAGAUCCAGUGGAUAGUUUUCCUAUUGGUAUCUUGCAGAGAUCUUUGAAAGUCGUGACGGAGCCCCCUAACGGGUUGAAGUUGAACUUGAGAAACACCUACUUUAAAAUGAGGCCUCAACUGUUGGACUCUUGCCCGCAUCCUUCUUUUAAGGCGUUGGUGUAUGUGCUCGCCUUUUUCCACGCAGUGGUCCAAGAACGAAGGAAGUACGACAAGAUUGGAUGGAACAUUUGUUACGAUUUCAACGAGUCAGAUUUCAAUGUUUGCGUGCAGAUUCUGGACACGUACUUGAUGAAGGCUUUCAAAGCUAAAGACGUGCGUAUACCUUGGAACAGUUUGAAGUACUUGAUUGGUGAAGUGAUGUAUGGGGGAAGGGUUAUUGACGACUAUGACAGGAGGAUCGUCAAAACGUAUAUGGACGAGUAUAUGGGAGAUUUCCUCUUUGAUACGUUUCAGCCUUUUCAUUUUUACCAUGACACGACUGUCGAUUAUGUCAUACCUGAGGAUGGGAUUAAAGAUGACUACAUAAAUUUCAUUGAUGAACUGCCUUUGACCAAUAGUCCAGAAGUUUUUGGUCUUCAUCCAAACGCUGAAAUUGGGUACUACACGCAAGCCACCAAAGAAAUGUGGAAUUUAUUGAUUGAACUCCAACCACAAGUUUCUACAUCUGAAAAAGGAAUUAGCAGAGAAGAGUUCAUCGAAGGCGUGGCCAACGAUAUUCUGCGAAAAAUACCGGAAGAAUACGAAAUUUGGCGCGUAAGGCGAUAUUUUCAACGCAUGAUGUCGCCCACCAUCGUGGUGUUGCUGCAAGAAUUGGAACGAUUCAACCGGUUGAUUGCCACAAUGAAGAGAUCGUUGAUCCAGCUGAAGAAGGCGUUGUCUGGCGAAAUUGGCAUGGACAGUGUUUUGGACAACGUGGCCUACUCCUUGUUUAACGGUCAGUUACCGAAUAACUGGAGGAAGCUGGCUCCAGCCACGUGCAAAAGUUUGGGAGGAUGGAUGGAGCAUUUUGAAGCUAGGCAACAGCAGUAUUUUUCAUGGUCGACAACAGGGGAACCGACGGUGCUCUGGAUCUCUGGACUGCACAUUCCAGAAACCUAUUUAGCUGCUUUGGUACAGAUAGCUUGUCGGCUUCACAAUUGGCCUCUGGAUCGGUCCACCCUGUAUACAUUCGUCACGGAGUACCAGGACGCGAAUGACGUCAUACUACGACCUCCAGCUGGCAACUGCUUGGUACACGGACUGUACCUGGAAGGAGCCGCAUGGGACCUGGAAAAUCAAUGUUUGAAGAGAUCCACCCCUAAAAUCCUGAUUGAAAAACUGCCAGUGUUGGGCGUGGUACCCAUAGAGUCGUUUAGGCUCAAACUACAGAACACUCUAAAGACACCAGUGUAUACUACGUCACAACGAAGGAACGCCAUGGGUGUUGGACUAGUGUUCGAAGCGGACUUGAGGACUACAGAGCACAUUAGCCACUGGGUGUUGCAGGGGGUGUGUCUAGUCUUGAACACUGAUUAAGAAAACUAGUGUUUUUAGUGUACUGUGGUGUAGGUUUUAGAUGGACUAAUUUCUGUGUUACUGUACUGAAGUGUUUUAGUGUAUUGUUAAAUAUUGAACUCAAGUCCGUCCAGCGGGAGGAGAUAAUAUGACAGUGACGAUUGUAUCUGUCAUUUUAAUUCACAGGCCAAUUGUAACGUGUGAUCGAAAAAAAACGUCGUCAUAGACGGCCGAGGAAUGACAAUUAUUGAUGAUAAUUUUGGCGAAAUCGUUACGACUAAAAAGUGUGAAAAAUUAACAGUAAAUAUAAAGAAUCUACUUGCAAAA